UGCUAUCCUAAAACCUCACAUCAUAUAUCAGAAUUCCCUUUUCUUCUAAUAGUAAUAAUUAUUACAUUGUAUCCAUUCUUUUAUACUUUUAUUAAUGGCUUCUGUUACUCUUCCAUGCAAAUAUGAUGUCUUUCUCAGUUUCAGAGGAGAAGAUACUGGAAAGAAUUUUACUAGCCAUCUUUAUUCUGCUUUACAUAAAAAAGGAGUUAUUACCUUCAAGGAUGGCCAUGAUCUCGAGAGGAGAAAAUCUGUUUCUCAAGAAAUUCUUAACGCAAUUCAAGAAUCAAGAAUUUCGAUUGUCAUUUUUUCAAGAAAUUUUGCUUCUUCUAAAUGGUGCUUAGAUGAACUAGUCGAGAUUUCUAAGUGCAUGAAGGAGAAGGGACAAUUAGUGUUGCCUGUUUUCUACAGUGUGGAUCCAUCUGAGGUAAGAAAACAGACGGGCAGAUUUGGAGAAUCUUUUGCUAAGUAUGAGCAAGAAAAUACUGGCAAGGUUCAACAAUGGAGACUUGCAGCAACCCAAUUGGCGAAUCUUAGUGGAUGGGAUUUACAAGACAGGCAGGAGUCAGAGCUUAUUGCAGAAGUUGUUGAAGAGGUAUUAAAAAAAUUAAGGAAAUCAAGUCAUAGAUUCUCAGGUAUAAAAAAGAAUUUAGUUGCAAUGAGUUUACAUAUGGAGGAAAUGAAUUCUUGCUUAGGCGAAGGGAAGUUAGAUGAUGUUCGCUUUGUGGGAAUUUGUGGUAUGGGUGGCAUAGGCAAGACAACAAUUGCUAGAGCUGUCUAUGCAGACAUAUCUAGUGAGUUUGAAGGAAGUUGCUUUCUUGCAAAUGUUAGAGAAGUUGAAGAGAAACAUGGUUUAGUUCGUUUGCAAGAACAACUUCUUUCUGAAAUCCUUAUGGAAAGAAACAUAACAAUUUGGAAUGCUCAUAGUGGAAUAAAUGAGAUAAAAAGCAAGUUACGUCAUAAAAAGGUUCUUAUUGUUCUUGAUGAUAUAAAUCAAUUAAACCAGUUAAAAUCAUUAGCUGGAAUGGUUGAUUGGUUUGGAAAUGGAAGUAGGAUUAUAAUAACUACUAGAGAUGAACAUUUGUUACUAAGCCAUGGAGUGGAGAAAAUUUAUAGAGUUGAAGGACUGGAUCAGGAUGAAGCUUUUCGUCUCUUUUGUUCGAAAGCUUUCAAAAAUGAUUAUCCUACAGAAGAGUUUUUGGAGCUAUCCAACCAUUUUGUAAACUAUGCUAAUGGCCUUCCUUUAGCGCUCGACGUUCUUGGUUCUUUUUUAUUUGGUAGAUCUAUAAAUGAGUGGAGAAGUGCACUGGAAAGGCUAAAGGAAAUUCCCAACAGAGAAAUUUUGGAUAAGUUGUACAUAAGCUUUGAUGGAUUACAGGAAAUAGAGAAGAAAAUAUUCUUGGAUAUUGCUUGCUUUUUCAAAGGGGAAGAUAUAGAUUAUGUGACCAAAGUAUUGGAAAGUUGUGGUUUCUAUCCAGAAAUUGGAAUGAGAGUUCUACUCAGUAAAUCUCUUAUUGCAAUUUCUAAUGAUAGGAUAUGGAUGCAUGACUUGCUUCAAGAAAUGGGCAGAGAAAUUGUUCGACAAUCUUGCUAUGAAGAACCAGGAAAGCGAAGCAGAUUGUGGCUUUACAAAGAUGUUUAUCAUGUCUUGUCGAAAAAUACGGGAACCGAUCAAGUUGAAGGCAUUGUCCUAGAUUCAUGUGAACAAGAAGAUGGACAUUUGAGUGCUAAAUCUUUCAUGAAAAUGAAAAGGCUGCUGGGGCUCUCAAACUCAAAAUCUACAUUUCUCGAGGGUCUUGAGUUUAACCGCCACAAAGAAAACUUUCCAAAUCCACUUAAAAAGAGGGUUCGAAACUCGAAACAUUCAUCAUUAACUUUCGUGAAUCGCAUCCAGUUGGUUGAGGUUCAAGGCAAAAAUUGCACAGCUUUUGCGAGGGUGACAAGUUACCUGCAUUUCCUGCUAAAGCAUAGCUCCCAGGGAUUAUUUAAUCCAAGCUCUCAUGUAUCAAUGUGUUUAGCUGGAAAUGAAGUACCUGAAUGGUUCGACUAUAUGGGCAUGGGAUCUUCAUUAGAAGUGGAGCUGCCUCCAUAUUGGUAUAGUAACAAGUGGAUGGGGUUUGCAAUUUGUGUAGUUUUCGAACCCAAUGCGCUUUCAUUAUCGGAAACUGCUAGUCUUUCCUGUGAUUUGCACGCAUAUAUGUCAGAUCAACCAUUAUUUCUAGGUCGCCAAAGCACAGAAAUCUCAGGGGAUACUGCAGGCAAUAUGGCAGAGAAAAUUUGGUUCAACUUCAUACCAGGCAGCUCUUUAAACGGUGUAGCUUGGGGUGAAGCAUGUAGAAAAAUAAAGAUGACAUUUUUUUCAAAUGGAUUGAAGGUGAAGUACUGUGGGUUUCGCAUAAUAUAUGAGCACGAUGUUGGUGAACAAUGCAACAGGCUUGAGAACUUGGGUUUCCCCUGUCAUAACAAUUCUGCUACAAGCAAGAGAAGCCAUGAUGAUUAUUGCAGUGACAGUAUCGAUAGUGAAAGUGGGAACUUUGCUAAGAGAAUGAAAAUGCCUUGAAGUUACUUUGUGACA